AUGUCUCAAGCUCGGCUUGCAUCAUGUAUUCCAUUGCCUUUGGAACAUAAAUUAUUAGUGACAGUAAUCGAAAAAGCUAAAGAUUGGGCCCUCAUGCACGGUGUUGGAAUGCGAGACAAGAAACAUUUUACAAAAGACUCUAUACAGGAUGCUAGCGUAAAUGCUUCUGAGCGCACUGUUCGAAGAAAAUUGAAAGAAUUAGAUUUCAAGGCUUGUCGCCCCGCCAGGAAGCCCAAGUUAACAGCUGCAAUGAAAGCAAAGCGCCUGAAGUGGGCCAAACAAUGGCAAGACAAAGAUGUGGACUUCUGGAGAUCGGUCUGCUUCAGUGACGAAAGCACAUUCGAAAUUUUACAAAAUAAAGCUCAGUAUGUGCGUCGUCGUCAUGGAGAAAAGUUUCAUCCUGAUUGUGUCGUCCCGACGGUUAAAUAUCCCACCAAAGUGAUGAUUUGGUCAGCCAUCAGCGGCAAGGGCACUGGACGUCUGUACGUCGUCAAAGGAAUAAUGAGGCAAGAUCAGUAUAAAGAAGUACUGGAAAAUCGGUUGAUUCCGCAGCUCAGAGAAUGGUUUCCAAAUGGGGAACCAUUCACUUUCAUGCAAGAUGGAGCUCCCUGCCACACUGCUCGGUCUGUUAAAGCUUUUUUGGCAGAAAAAAAUAUCCCUCUGUUGGAUUGGCCCGGUAAUAGCCCUGAUAUGAACCCCAUUGAAAAUGUGUGGGAGCUGAUGAAAAGAGAAGUGGCUAAAGAUGUGAUUACCAACAAAACCCAGCUCCUAGAAAAGAUUAUUUAUGUGUGGAAUCAUCAUCCUCAAAUGCAGGAGACAGUACAGUCUUGCAUUGAUAGCAUGCCGCGCAGAAUUAAAGCUUUGAUAGCGGCUAAAGGUGGCUCAACUAAAUAUUGA